AUGCCCGGCUUUGACUACAAGUUCCUGGAGAAGCCCAAGCGGCGGCUGCUCUGCCCGCUGUGCGGGAAGCCCAUGCGCGAGCCCGUGCAGGUUUCUACCUGCGGCCAUCGCUUCUGCGACACCUGCCUGCAGGAGUUCCUCAGUGAAGGAGUCUUCAAGUGCCCGGAGGACCAGCUUCCUCUGGACUAUGCCAAGAUCUACCCGGACCCAGAGCUGGAGGUGCAGGUAUUGGGCCUGUCCAUUCGCUGCAUCCAUAGCGAGGAGGGCUGCCGCUGGAAUGGCCCCCUUCGGCACCUGCAGGGCCACCUGAGUACCUGCAGCUUCAACGUGGUGCCCUGCCCCAACCGCUGCCCUGCCAAGCUGAGCCGCCGCGACCUGCCUGCGCAUCUGCAGCACGACUGCCCCAAGCGGCGGCUCAAGUGCGAGUUUUGCGGCUGCGACUUCAGCGGGGAGGCCUUCGAGAGCCACGAGGGCGUGUGCCCGCAGGAGAGCGUGUACUGUGAGAACAAGUGUGGUGCCCGCAUGAUGCGGCGGCUGCUGACCCAGCAUGCCACCUCCGAGUGCCCCAAGCGCACCCAGCCUUGCACUUACUGCACCAAGGAGUUCGUCUUCGACACCAUCCAGAGUCACCAGUACCAGUGCCCGAGGCUGCCUGUGCCGUGCCCCAACCAGUGUGGCGUGGGCACCGUGGCUCGGGAGGACCUGCCGGGCCACCUGAAGGACAGCUGUAGCACCGCCCUGGUGCUGUGCCCGUUCAAAGACUCCGGCUGCAAGCACAGGUGCCCUAAGCUGGCGAUGGCACGGCACGUGGAGGAGAGCGUGAAGCCGCAUCUGGCCAUGAUGUGUGCCCUGGUGAGCCGGCAGCGGCAGGAGCUGCAGGAGCUGCGGAGAGAGCUGGAGGAGCUGUCGGUGGGCAGUGAUGGCGUGCUCAUUUGGAAGAUUGGCAGCUACGGGCGCCGGCUCCAGGAGGCCAAGGCCAAGCCCAACCUCGAGUGCUUCAGUCCCGCCUUCUACACACACAAGUACGGCUACAAGCUGCAGGUGUCUGCGUUCCUCAACGGCAAUGGCAGCGGUGAGGGCACCCACCUCUCGCUCUACAUUCGCGUGCUGCCGGGUGCCUUUGACAAUCUCCUCGAAUGGCCCUUCGCCCGCCGCGUGACCUUCUCCCUACUGGAUCAGAGUGACCCUGGGCUGGCUAAGCCACAGCAUGUCACUGAGACUUUUCACCCUGACCCAAACUGGAAGAAUUUCCAAAAACCAGGCACUUGGCGGGGCUCCCUGGAUGAGAGUUCUCUGGGCUUUGGUUACCCCAAGUUCAUCUCCCACCAGGAUAUCCGCAAGCGAAACUAUGUGCGGGAUGAUGCGGUCUUCAUCCGUGCCUCUGUUGAAUUGCCCCGGAAGAUCCUCAGCUGA